AUGGGCUUCCUUCAUGACUUUCUCUCCCAGCCAACAACCUAUGCUAUACUGGCCUUAGUCGUUAUUCCCGUCACGGCUCUGGCGUGGGACAGGCUGCCGGGCCUGCUGCCUUCUGCAAAGAGGUUAUUGGUUGGCAAAAAGAAUCCCUCUGAGAUAACAUCAAUGGAGUGCCCUUACAGCUAUAUUCGAGAGAUAUACGGAAUGCAUCACUGGGCACCAUUCGUGGACAAACUUUCACCCAACCUCAAGACAGAGAGGCCGGCGAGAUACCACAUGAUCCUCGAGAUCAUGGAUGGAAUUCAUCUUUGUCUGAUGCUUGUUGAUGAUAUCAGUGACAACAGCGACUAUCGGAAAGGACGUCCUGCAGCCCACCGCAUUUACGGUCCUUCAGAGACAGCAAACCGAGCGUACUAUCGGGUAACCCAACUACUAAAUCGCACUGUUCAUGAGUACCCCGAGCUUGCACCUUGGCUGCUGCAAUGUCUCGAAGAGAUCCUACAAGGACAAGACCUCUCACUUGUUUGGCGCCGGGACGGCCUCUCUGCCUUUCCCGUGCAGUCAGAGGAGCGAGUGACGGCAUAUCGCCAAAUGGCAUAUUUGAAGACAGGUGCCCUCUUCCGCCUAGUAGGGCAGCUGGUACUAGAGAGUCAAUCCCACGAUGAUACGCUAACUACUGUAGCAUGGUACUCGCAAUUGCAAAAUGAUUGCAAGAACGUGUACUCCUCCGACUAUGCAAAGGCCAAGGGAGCGAUUGCCGAAGACCUACGCAAUGGUGAGCUUACUUACCCAAUUGUUGUCGCCUUGAAUGCUUCUAAGGGACACUGUGUGGCGCGAGCUUUGGAGUUUCGAUCGCCACAUAAUAUCCGACAAGCCCUCCGGGUGAUUCAAAGUGAACAAGUCAGACAUAUAUGUCUCACUGAAAUGAAAGAAUCCGCAGUUUCUAUCCAAGACUGGCUCGCACUCUGGGGAAGAAACGAGAAGAUGGACAUGAAGAGCGAAAAAUAA